AUGGAGCCGGGGCUCGACCCCAGGGUCCGCAGUCGGGCUGCAGCACAGGGGGUGCAGAGCCACAUCCUCCCUCCUGUCAGUGGGAAGGGCAGGAGACGCGGGGCGCGGUUCACGGCGGACUGCCAGUUCCGGGAGCGCUUCCAGGAGAACAGCUACAACACCUACGCCUCGGCCGUGCACCGCAGCCCGCGCUCAGGGCGCCAGUGGAGAAAAAUGAGUGUUGUUAAAUUAGCUGCUACACGUGUUUUUGUCAGCUGGUUUGGCCCUUGUGGCAUCGGCGACAGGGUGGAGCGGAGCACAAUCGGUGCAUGUGCUUCCUUUGUAGGCCGUGCUCUGCACGCUGUGCGCCAAGACCAGCGUCCCGAGGGCUGCCCGCGGCAGUCCUCCGGGCCGGAGUCACCGCAGCGGAGUGCGAGCCGAACACGGUCCAUAAUCUUCAUUUGUGACCAAAGUUCUCAUCGCUAGGAGGUGUCUGCAUACAUUGACUAUGCACAGAGACUGACAACAGAUGAUUUUGAAGUCUGCUUCAGUGGGAAGAAAAGACUUUUCCCUCGGAACACUGAUCUGAGCUUUUACAACUGGAAUAGAAAUGUCAACACUUCAAAUUCCAGCCCAAAUUACCAAGUGAUUGCAGAAGAUGCCUCUGGACUACUCUUCAAGAACAAAAGCGAUAGGAAAAUAAUAAAUGUGGAUCCCAAGGCCUACCCAGGAGACAACACAACACAGACGCCUGUUGAAACAGAUCUCUAUCUCCAUGUUGUUAUCUAUGACCAUAUCAUCAGAAGAGGGACCUAA